AUGUUGAAAACUUCACCUAUAGCUGUAGUUCAGAAUCCGAGGCCAGCCCCUGUAUUUUGCAGCAACUUAACUUGGGGUCAACUCUCCUUCAGGAAUGGAAGUCGCUUCCUUGAUUGUAUCACCUCUUCUACAGGUCGAGAUAAGUUGCUAAUCAUUCAAGCUGUAAUCGAAAAUGCAGAAGCGAGACAACUGAAAGAUAAGAAGGUGAAGAUUUGGCUGUCAAAGCUUAGGGCUGUGGCUUAUGCUGCAGAUGAUCUCUUCGAUGAGAUCACCACUAAAGUUUUGCAGGGACAGUUGGUGAAAAAAAAGGUUCCAGUUGAACAUUCAUCGUGGAAGUGGAACGAUCCAGUCAAAUACCAUCUCAGAAGAAUUCAGUCAUCGAUAUAUGAAGAAACUCGAAGGCAGGUUCGGAUCACUUCUUUCGCUCUUCAAUCAAUCUUAAGUAGCUUUAAAGUGUCACGUAAACUGACAGAGGUUGUUGAAUUGGACGAGAUAGCAGGAGAGAUGUCUACCUUCCAUUUCAGGGAACUUAUAGAUUAUAAAAGAUCAGAUACUAUAGAGAAGCGUGAAACUGGACCUGACGUGAAUGAAUCAGAAGUUUAUGGUCGACGCGAAGAUGUGAAAAAGAUUGUUGAUUUGUUAUUAUCGUCUGAUGCUGAAAGUUGGGCGAUUCCAAUAGUUGGGAUUGGGGGCAUUGGGAAGACGACACUUGCUCAAUUAGUUUACAAUGAUCAGAGUGUGGGUGGACAUUUUGAUAUGAAAAUUUGGGUUUCUUUGUAUGGCAAAUUCAGAUCAAAGGAACUUCUGAGUCAAAUUUUGGAUAAUGUGACUUAGCGUAGGUGUGAGUCCCUCCAGAUGGGCGUUCUGCAAUCCCAACUGCAAGAAUCAUUAUGCGGAAAGAGAUAUCUACUGGUAUUGGAUGAUGUGUGGAAUGAUGAUCAAGAAGAAUGGGAUAAAAUAAGGAACCUGUUCAGAUGUGGUGCAGAAGGGAGUAAAAUUAUAGUCACCACUAGGAGUCAAAAAGUUGCUUCUGUAAUUAGUACUAGUCCUCCCUAUUUUUUGGAAGCACUAACCAAAGAUGAUUGUUGGACUCUGUUCAAGCGGCAAGCAUUUCUGUAUGGAGAAGAAGACGCCUUUCCAAACCUAUUGCCUGUUGGUCAGCAGAUUGUAGACAAGUGCCAAGGUGUGCCUUUAGCAGCUAAAGUUCUUGGUUGCUUGUUACGGUCCAAAAGAGAGGAAGAUGAAUGGUUGCGUGUGCAAGAAAGUGAACUAUGGAACCUUGAUGCUGGUGAGAAUAGAAUAUUAUCUGUCUUGAGGUUGAGUUUCAAUCACUUGCCAUUACGUUUAAAGCGUUGCUUUGCUUACUGUGCCAUAUUUCCUAGAAAUAAUCAUUUAAAUAAGGAAAAGCUAAUGCAACAGUGGAUUGCGGGAGGCUUAGUUCAAUUGUCUGCAGGUGACGAUCCCAACAUGCUUGAGGCAAUUGGCAAUGACUGCUUCAACGAUUUACUUAAGAUGUCAUUUUUCCAACUGGCAAGUAGUGUCAAUGUGGUAGAGUUUAAAGUACCUAAUCUGAUUUAUGAUCUUGCGAAAUGUGUAGCUGGAUCUGAAGUCUUGAUGAUAGGAAACAAAAACAGCUUUGAUCUAGACGAAGUAGAUAUUCACGCUUCUUCAGAAACUGUUUUAGAAACUCGAUAUGCAUUGGUUGACAGUGAUUACAGGUCCAAUCUGCUACCAAGAGACGUGUACAGAGCACAUAAAUUAUGUGCCCUCAACCUCUUGGCUUCUGGAGAUAUAUCAAUGAAAGCCCUAAAAGAACUUUCAUGUUGUAGGCACCUUAAAAUUCUGAAUUUGAGUGGAAGUGGCAUCAAAAUGAUGCACAGAUCCAUCGGUGAUUUGAUAUAUUUGAGAUAUCUUGACCUCUCAAACACUCCACUUGAAACAUUACCAGGGACAAUUGGUCAUCUGUGCAAUUUGCAAACACUUGAUCUCUCAGGAUGCACUGAUCUGCUGGAGUUACCCAAAGAAAUAAUAAUGUUAGUAAACCUGAGACAUUUAAACAUAAAGGAUUGUGCAAGGCUUGCCUGCUUCAUUGGUUAUCUACAGAGGCUUCAGACUUUACCAAUAUUUAUCACUGGCAAGGACAUUUUUGUGCUCUAUCAACUAAAAUAUCUUCGAGGUGAGUUGAAGAUUAAGCACCUUGAGAAUGUUAUUCUUAUAAGAAGCAUAGGUUAUCUGAAACAUUUGCAACUUCACACGUUGGGACUAUUUUGGGGUGAUGGUGAUGAAGUUAAGUUAAAUCAAAACACAUCAAGACAAACCACACAAACCACAGCUAACUCUGAGAUUUUGAUGAAAAGACUUCAGCCACACCACAAUGUCAGAAGGUUGUCAAUAUAUGGAUAUCCAGGACGCCGAUUUCCACUUUGGAUGAACCUGAAUGCAAUCAGCAAUUUGACAGAGCUCGAGUUAAUCAACUGCAAAAGUUGUGAAACUCUCCCCAAGCUUGGCCAACUUCCAGUCCUGAAGUGUCUCGGCAUCCAAGGUAUGGACAACGUGGUGAAAAUCGAUAAUGAGUUCUCCGGUGGAGGAAUGAGGCCAUUUCCAUCAUUGAAUGAACUAACCCUUCGAGACUUUCCAGAACUAAGAACUUGGGAAAUUGGUUCAACAGAAGCUUUCCCUUGCCUGAAGAGACCAUCCAUCAUGAAAUGUCCAUUGUUGAAAACAAUGCCAUGGUUUCCAACUCUUCAACACUUAAUGGUUCAAAAUUGUGAUUUAUUGUUACUUAGGUCAGCAGCAGAGCUAAGAACACUUUUGACUCGUAUUGACUCCUUUCUAGAGUUACCUUUUGUACCGAAAGUACUGCUGGAAAACUGCUCGCUUCUUAUGUCUUUGACGGUUAUCUCUUGUCCCAAACUUCGCACAUUGCCUCCUGAUUUGGGGAAACUCACAGCUCUGAAGUCAUUGAAAAUUGGUUGGGGCGAGAUGCUACACAGUUUGCCUCAUAAAUUAGCAAAUCUGAUCGUUCUAGAGAAUUUUGAUAUCACUGAGAGUCCUAGUUUAAUUACUCUACCAGAGCAAAGCUUAGAAAGAUUGAGCUCACUUCAAUCUCUCUCUAUUGAAAACUGUAAUGGCUUGACUACUUUGCCAACAGGAAUGCAACAUGCCACAGCCCUUGAGCGCCUAACAAUUAUGUAUUGCUCGAAUCUGGCUUGUCUACCAGAGGGUCUGCAAAAUCUCUUGGCACUGAGGAGCUUGACCAUUUUAAGUUGCCCAGAAUUGGCAUCUCUGCCAGAAGGAGUUCAACAAAUGAAGAUGCUGCAAAAUCUGGAGAUUCGUAUCUGUCCAAAACUCAUGGCACUUCCGAAUUUGGAGAACCUCGUUUCCCUAAGAUCUUUGGCAAUUUCAGAAUGUCAAAAUAUUAAGUGUCUUCCAGAAGGCAUCCAGCAGCUCAGCCUUCAACACCUUUCCAUUCAAGAUUGUCCUGAACUUGAAAAACGAUGCAAGGAAGGGGAAGGUGAGGAUUGGCAGAAGAUAUCUCGCAUCCCAUAUUAUAUAGGACGGGACACUGCAGCCAGCUCCUCAAGUUCAUAG